CUGCAGAUUACGUCAGUAGGAAAUGCCACUUUCAAAGGAUGUAUUGACCUUAGCUAUAGUAAACAGCUCUACCAAGACUUAAAGAAAAACCAGCCGUCAGUGAAUCUGGUCAAUUCCUUUCAUUUACUUUGUCUUGUUACCCCUUAUAACAUUGCUGACUCAGUGGUGCCAGACUGGAAAACAUACUGAAAUCAGUAUUACAAGCUAACGGAAAUUGACCUGAAAACUGCUCAAACCAUAGGGGUACAUGUGAACUACCUCUGCUUGAGAGACGCUGGCUCUGGGCACAGACCAAGAUCAGAAGUCUAUGUUUCAUUGAUGCUCUGGAAACUAUGGAACCAUAACUCUGUAUGGGACGUGGCAGAAGCAUUUUCUCAGAAUCGUGGUUUUAUUCAGAAUCUGCGCUCCCUAACAGUAGCUUAUGCUUCAUGCAUUUUUCAUUAGUGUAAAGAGUUGGAUGAGUUCUGGAGCUACCAAGUCUACUUUGAUUAUUUUAUUAAAAAUUUAGCUCACUGUGUGAGCAUAGACUUACGACCACUGAUGGAAAUCCUUGGCGUUGAA